GUCACACUGUACAGACGUGUCAUUUGACGAGGAGUGUAAAUACAUAAGUUUUUUAAAUACACGGCGUUAAAUUCUUAUAAUUGAUCGCUGUGUACCAAACGAUUACACUUCGUCAACGGCAAUCUGCAAGUGAACUUUGCACGAUUUGUUCAUCAAUUAAACCCAACGCGCGCAGUUCACAAACUGCCAGCGUGCCAAACAUCAGCUGGGUUCAGCCGACUUUUUUUUGGGCAAAAAAAAAAAAACGACCACACCAAACCAACAAAAAAGUCCAAUAAACCAACCACUCGACGACGCGCUGUCUUUGUAAAUAAUUAGAGAAAAAGGAGCGGAGCCGGUUUUGCGGAAGCAACAACUGCAAUGGCGGGUCAAAAGUUUCAAUAUGAUGAAAGUGGCGGAACAUUCUAUUAUUUUGUGUUAUCAUUCUUGGCUUUGGUAUUGAUACCAACGACGAUUUAUUAUUGGCCACGUAAAAAGAAAGAAGACCCCAGCAAGCGGAAGGAAGAGUGCCAAUGUCCCGACUGUGUGAAAAAGAAUUUCAUUCUGGCCAAUGCGGAGCCAUAUCGUCUGCUCAAAUCGGUGGCCAUUAAAGUGACCAUUGUGCUUGGUUGGGCGUUGCUUCUCUUUCUCACCUAUCGCGUCUCACAAUUCGACUAUGAGAUGGCAAGCUUUGAUCCCUUUGAGAUUUUGAAUGUGCCACCAACGGCGACACAGGCAGAAAUCAAGAAGGCCUACUACCGACUGUCCAAGGUGUUGCAUCCUGACAAGGAGACAGGUGACGAAAAAUCCUUCAUGAUGCUGAGCAAAGCGUAUCAGGCGCUUACCGACGAUGUGGCCAAGGAGAACUAUGAGAAAUAUGGCAAUCCCGAUGGACCAGGUGCCAUGUCCUUUGGCAUUGCGCUGCCCUCUUGGAUUGUGGAGAAGGAAAACAGUGUAUGGGUGCUGGGACUCUAUGGAUUGGUCUUUAUGGUGGCCAUGCCCUCGGCCGUGGGUGUCUGGUGGUAUCGCUCCAUACGUUUCAGUGGCGACAAAGUCUUGCUGGACACGACGCAGAUGUAUUUCUAUUUCAUCCACAAAACGCCGCAUAUGCUGCUCAAGCGUGCUCUCAUGGUGCUGGCGGCAAGUCUGGAAUUUGAUAAGCGCCACAAUUCGCAGGUCAUCGAGCGGCAGUCGGAUAACGAUGAAGUGCCUGCGCUCAUUCGGCAGCUACCCAAUCUGAAUGAAAAGUGCAAGGAACAUCCCUUGUGUCGCAUGUACUCGAUCAAGGCACGUGCCAUUCUCCAUGCGCAUCUCUCUCGCAUUCCCCUCAACGCUGAGACACUGGAACGCGAUCGUCAGUUCAUAGUGAAGAAGUGUCCGUAUUUGGUGCAGGAGAUGGUCAGCUGUGUGCAUCAGCUGGUGAUGAUGGCCUAUGCAAGACGUGUGCCUCGCCUGCCCAGCAUCGAGACAAUCGAGAACUGCAUGAAGAUGUCUCCAAUGAUCAUUCAGGGACUGUGGGAAUUCAAGUCGCCGCUACUGCAGUUGCCCCAUCUGACCGAAGAUCAUUUAUACUUUAUGAACAAGAAACGUCAUGUGAAGAAUCUGCAACAGUUUGCUCAACUGAAGCCAGAGGAGAGUCGCAUGCUGUUGAAGAAUCUGUCGGACUUUGAGUACGAGAACAUUAUGCGUGUGCUGGGCAAGAUGCCGUUGAUUGAUUUCUCCAUACGCUGCGAGGUAAUUGACGAUGAGAACACCAAUGUGGUGACAGCUGGUGCCAUUGUCACCGUGACCGUGACAUUGGAGCGGAAGGAUAUGCGUUCGUUGUUCGGCGACACGAAAGCGCCCGAAAAGCAAGGCAUCAACGAUGAACCCAACGAAGAGGCUGAGGAUGAGGAGGGCGCUGGCGCAGCUGCUGCUACCGCUGUGCCCGCUAAGAAGGCUUCGGCCUGGGCUAAGCCACGCAAGGGCAAAGGAGGCAAGGGCGGCAAGAAGCCCGUGAACAAUCAGAAGAAGAAGGCGGCACCACCCAUGCCGGCAGCUCCAGCUGCAGCAGCUGCGUCGACUGCGGCGGCAUCCACAACGGAUGAUCAAACGGCAGCCAACUCGGAGGCGGAAUCGGAUGCCGGCGAGCACAGCGAUGUGGAAUCUGUGGCGGGAUCAGGCAGUGAGGAUGAUGACAAGCAGGGCAGGAACAAUUCCUCGCUUGAUGAUGAUGACGAUGAGGAAUGGGAACGUCUGCAGGCGAAGCUCAAUAAGCGCGAACGUCUUGAGGGCAAGUCGCGCAUGUCGCAUGCGGUGCAUUGUCCCUACUUCCCCGAGGAGAAGCAGGAAUAUUGGUGGACAUACAUCUGCGAUCGCAAGUCGCGCACCUUGCUCACAGCGCCGUAUCAUGUGACAAAUCUGGUCGAGAAAGAGGAGAUACAGCUGAAGUUUACGGCGCCGCGUUGGCCCGGCGUUUACACCUUUACGGUCUGCCUGCGAUCGGAUUCGUAUCUGGGCAUGGAUCAGCAGCAAGAGCUUAAAUUGGAUGUGCAGAAGGCGCCCGCACCACCGACAGAUCAUCCACAAUGGGAUCUCAGCGAAUCGGAGCCGGAGCACAAUGAUCAACAGGAGAAUCUGAGCGAUUACACAACGGACUCCUCAGAUGAGGAGGAUAGCGGUUAGAUAGCGCCCCAAACUCCCCAGAAGAAUGCGUCUCAUGACAAGCGCAUCUAAAACCUCUUUUUCCCCAGCGAGUGAAUGUUCUACCCGUCUCCUAACAAGAAAAAAAACAACUUGGAUUUUGUUUUUUUAUUCUUUUUAGUAAAUGAUUUUGAGUUGCGAAAUAAUGAGGUUCGCACAGUCUCUUUUUUAACUAGUUUUUGUAACAUGGAUAAAGUUAAAAGAUAAUGGAUAAUAGAGCCCGAAACUAGAGCGUAAAUAAAUAAGUCAAGGAAUAUAUAAACUUCAUUUUUAAAUGUCUGCGUACUAAACAUAAUUAUAAAUGUACUGUAUAUUUAAUUAUUUGGAUACAAAACAAACAAAACAAAAACAA